CUGAAUCCAUCCCAUCUAAGAUCUUUAGGAAUUUAACGUCUAUAUCAGAUCUACCUCACCUACUGCAUAUAUACAUACAGCCAGUCUACCGUACCUGACUGCGUAUGGAUUAAAACCAUGACCGUCUAGCAAAAGCAUCAAUCGAACAUAUUGAAAUCGUUGUCAUGAUGCUACUCCAAUACCUUUUCUUAAUCUGCACCGUCGCGUUCCUCGCCGUCGCCAAUGUCGAGAAAACGAUCUUCAUCGCUCCGCAACCCCUCACCAUCCCCACGGUCGAUCCUACCCUCGAUGACCUAGGUCUAGAUCGUCUCUCCCCCUCUAGUCCCGUUCUCCGAACCAGAAUAAACGCUACAUUUCCGACCAACGAGUCCCCGGGUACAGAUUCAUGGUAUUUCCUCGAGAACCUGAACCCCGGCCAACGGUAUGAGGUGCGGGUGUGUUGGUUGGCCACUGAACCGACGGUCUUUACCUUAGCAACGCACACCCUUCCACAAGCCAUUGAUGAUCCCGCCCUCUUCUCCUCGAUCAGCCUGUAUUCCCAAGCCCAUCUCGCCUCCCCUCAGUCUAACGCUGUUCCUCGCAAAUUGUCCUCGUUUCAUGAUCAAGCACCUACCUCUGAUUCAGUGCUCUUCCUUCGUGUCACUGCGGCGGCGGACUACUUUUCUCUUAAUAAGACACUAAUGGAGAAUGUCCCUCCGGUUGCAGCGGACAUCAUCCUCGAUCCCUUUUUAUGGAACAUCUUCCCGCAGUCGCUGGUACCGACGGCAUGUUAUAUAUUUGUUGUUGGAUGCUUAGCGGUGGUGAUCGGAUGGUGGGUGUUGGGAGAGCUGGGAAGGGUCGUUGAUUACAUGAACUCACAGCACCCGGAUGAUAAGAAAGAUAAGUAA